UGCGCCCCUUUUGUUCUCUCUCUUUCUGCUCUCCAUCCUUCCGCCGUUUAUAUAUUAUUAAUGCUCUCUGCCUAACUCGCCCAUACAAGCUCUCGCAAGGUUGGCUUCCUCUUUUGCCUUGGCCUUUUUUGCUCCUUUUUUUUUCUGUCAUUGUGUUACAGGAGUUGACUUGCAAUCUCCGAGAGUUAAAAGGCUGGAACCUUUUACGCGAAUGACAAGGGUUUAUCCCAACGCUAGCUUUAACGCCGGCGGCGAUGCCAUCUCCGUGACGCCGCCUAAGCUGUUAGUAGCUGAUGAUCAGAAGAGGGAGGCAGUUCUAACCGUCUGGACAAAGUCGUUGCUUUUCAACUGUAACGGCUUCACGGUGUUUGAUGGUAAAGGUGAUUUGGUGUACAGGGUGGAUAAUUACAUGGAAGGCAACAAGGGUGAGAUCCUUCUCAUGGAUGCCACUGGCAAGCCUCUCCUCACCAUCCGCCGCAAGAAAAUGAGCCUGGGGGACAGCUGGCUGGUUUACGAGGGAGAAACCUCAGUGAAUCCCCGACUUUCAGUCAGGAAAUCGGUGAACAUCCUAAACAGCAAGUGCUUGGCAUACGUUAGCCCCGGCAGCACCAACAACCGAAACAACAACAUCAUGUACGAGAUCGAGGGGUCGUAUUCCCAACGAUGCUGUGCCGUCUACGAUGACAAGCGGCGGUUAGUAGCAGAGAUCAAGCGGAAAGAGGCUGUCGGAGGAGUCGCCUUUGGAACCGACAUCUUCCGCCUUAUCGUUCAGCCUGACAACAUCAGGACGGACUAUGCCAUGGCUCUCGUCAUCCUUCUUGAUCAAAUGUUCGGAUCCUCGAGGCGCCGCUCCACCUAACUCUUGCCUUGCUAUGUUCUUCUGCGAAACACACACACACUCUCUCUCUCUCUCUCUCUCUAUAUAUAUAUAUAUAAUCAUAGCAACAAUUUUCACAUUCCAAGCAUCAUCAUAUUUGGUUCUAUGACCUUCCCCACCCAAUCGUUUACCUUUAACGAAAAAAAUUAAAUAAAAAAAAACAAGAAACUUGUUUUUGCUCUUGGAGGUUGGUUUUUGCGUUUUAGAUAAAAAACCAAGCUCCCAGCGGGGAUGUAUAUACAUUCAACAGCAAAAUAAUUUUUCUGUUUUCUUUCCUGAAAGUGCUGUGGAGAUCUGGGUUUUUCCUUCAUAGAGGACGAUUGAAAAAUAUUACAGAUCCAAUUAAAGUUGCCUUUUCCCCUAUUUAUGUUUUA